CGUAUAAAUUCAGAUACGUCGGAUUGGCGAUAGAAUAUUUUUACUUUUAUGUCGUUUUCAUAUACAUCAAUAUUAUGUGCUACGUUUACUUCGACGCGUCCAUUCGAUUUAUUCACAUUGAUUUCAUGAACCGUAUCGUCUCCGGUGCUACUGCCAUCUCCUCAGUCGCCGCUUUAGCGAAGAUACUUAUGCUACACAGAAACAGGUAUUUGCUGAGAGAUAUUCUUGAUUCUUUGUGCAAUUUCGAGGCGGACACGCCGAGAGGGAAAACAGUGGCGAAGGUCAUACGAGGUUACGAAAUUGCCGUUCUCAGCAUCAUAUUGUCAUCUAAUGCCAAAUUGGGCAUUGAUUUUAAAAGGCCGAGCCCUUACUUCGCACAGUACGCUGACGGCGGGCCUUUUAUCCGUGACUAUAUACUUUAUUUGUUGUACGGCUGCUUAGUUCUCGGGGUGAACGUCUUCGUGGACACCCUAUUUCUCUUCAUUUGUAGUCAGAUUUGCCAUAAGCUUCACGUUAUAAGCACCACUUUAACAACUGUAGGGCCACAGGCAGAGCAAACUAAGGAGGAAUCGUUAGUACCGUUCGACGAAAGCGAUGAGAAAAAGGUUACUGCAUCCAUACAAGAGCACAUCAAAAUGCUGCAUAUUAUCAAAAGAGUGGAGUGGUUAUUCAACGAGAUAAUAUUUUUCCAAGCGUUCUACACUUUUGGUAGCCUCUGCCUCAUACUUUUUGCCUCUUCCCAGACGGACAAAUUGGCUGAAGACGCUUCCAGGCUUUUUGCUAUGACUAUAUCACUGAGCAUGGAACUAUUUCUGUUCUGCUGGGCCGGAGAAAUGAUCAAAUCUCACUGCAGUGACAUACAUUUCGCCUCUUAUAACAACGGAUGGUAUAGAUGCGGGAAAAAGAUCAAAAAAGCUCUGAUGAUAAUUGCCAUUUUCGCUUCAGAACCGGUGACUAUGAAGAGCGCCAAAUUGUUCCACCUCACAUUGCACACUUAUGAAGCUGUGGUGAGAGAGACGUUCUCAUAUUACACACUCAUGUACCAAUUUUUUAAUCAAAAAUAGAUAAUAAAUUAGUAAAAUAAAUCGAGUAGCAAUAAUGGCUACUAA